UGGGCCUAUUAUUGUAGAAGGGCAAAAUAGAGAAUUUGGAAGAAAUAAAUCAAGUAGAGCCUCUUUCUCUGACAAAACCGAAUGUCAAUCCAAUUUGAUCCUUAGUCCUCAACGCAGCCUCGUUCAGGUUUACUAGAUUCAUCCAUAGAAGUGAAAUGGCUGGUCCUAGGAUUGCUCAUGCUACCUUGAAAGGACCAAGUGUUAUCAAGGAGAUAAUUACGGGGAUAACACUAGGCCUUUGUGCUGGUGGGCUUUGGAAGAUGCAUCACUGGAAUGAGCAGAGGAAAGCGAGAGCAUUCUAUGACAUGCUUGAGAAAGGUGAAAUCAGUGUUGUUGCAGAAGAAUAAAUGUUUUGUCUUGUGAAAUAGCGGACAGCUUCGGCUUUAUUUUGAUCAUUGUGUUCCCUUCGUUUGGCUCUUAGAUUCAAGAUGAGCAAACUCAAUUUGGAGUUUUAAGAAUAAUUUUAUUGUAUUGAGAUCUUGAUCACAUAUCUGCUUAACAAAUCCAAACGGUUCGAUCUUUUGCCCUUGUGGCUUCUUUGUUUCUGUUGCAUCUGUUUGAUAUGUUGUUUGUACUUAAAAUAUAAUAGUAAAUGCAACUUUCUCUUC